GUAUUCUCGUGCCCGCAUCGUGGAUCAGUGACUCGGGGAUGGUGCACUCCAUCUGUUGCUACUUCCAUGUGCCAAUGACGCAAGACUGGGCCAUCGCGUCCACUUCCACCGCCAUUUCCUUGCACAGCCAGUGGCCGGUGUGCAGCCCCUUUGUUCUCGGGGUAGGUGCGGGUCCCCUGGAGGCAAUCUGUGGCUGCGUAAUACAGGAGCACUGAACCUAGAAAUGGAUCACAGCAGUGAACAGGAGAAUGUCCUUGGACAAACACAGGUUUAUCUCCUGCUGAUCUGCUCCUUUUGGAAAUUUCCAAGUGUCUGUGGCUGUUGUGGAGCUUUACGACCACGUUACAAGCGACUGGUGGAUAACAUCUUCCCUGAAGACCCUAAAGAUGGACUUGUCAAGGCAGACAUGGAAAAGCUCACAUUUUAUGCUGUGUCGGCCCCUGAAAAACUGGAUCGGAUUGGUGCAUACCUAGCAGAGAGACUGAGCAGAGAUGUUGUCAGACACCGUUAUGGCAAUGUGUUCAUCGCUAUGGAGGCCUUGGACCAGCUCUUGAUGGCAUGCCACUCUCAGAGCAUCAAGCCCUUCGUUGAGAGCUUUCUACACAUGGUGGCAAAACUUUUGGAGUCGGGAGAACCAAAGCUGCAAGUGUAUGGAACCAAUUCUUUUGUCAAGUUUGCAAACAUAGAAGAAGACACUCCGUCCUAUCACAGGCGAUACGAUUUCUUUGUCUCCAGAUUCAGUGCCAUGUGUCAUUAUAGUCACAGUGAUCCUGAAGUGCAAACUGAAAUAAGAAUUGCUGGAAUCCGAGGUAUCCAGGGCGUUGUCCGUAAAACUGUGAAUGAUGAACUUCGAGCAACGAUUUGGGAGCCUCAGCACAUGGAUAAGAUAGUUCCAUCUUUGCUGUUUAAUAUGCAGAAGAUAGAAGACAAUGAAAGUCGCACGGCUCCACCUGCAUCCCCUUCUGUCGUCGGUGACAAAGAGGAGAAUCCCGCUGUCCUGGCUGAAAACUGCUUCCGGGAACUUCUGGGCAGAGCUGCUUAUGGGAAUAUGAAUAAUGCCGUCCGACCCGUGUUUGCGCAUUUAGACCAUCACAAGUUGUGGGAGUCCAACGAGUUUGCGGUUUCCUGCUUCAAGAUCAUCAUGUAUUCCAUUCAGGCGCAGUACUCUCAUCACGUGAUCCAGCAGAUCCUCGGACAUCUCGAUUUGCAUAAGAAGGAUUCCCCCCGAAUUCGAGCUGGAAUUGUGCAGGUUCUCCUGGAGGCCGUAGCGAUUGCCGCCAAAGGAUCUAUUGGUCCCACAGUGCUGGAGGUGUUCAACACCCUUCUGAAGCAUCUGACACUGAGUGUUGACUUUGAGCUAGGUUAUCGGAGAAGUUCUGAAGGCAGCGCAGUCUUCAGUUCCAGCUCUAAAGAAAGUGAUGAGCGCAUUGUUCAAAACGCCAUUAUUCAGACCAUUGGUUUCUUUGGAAGUAAUUUACCAGAUUACCAGCGGUCUGAGAUUAUGAUGUUCAUCAUGGGCAAAGUACCUGUUUUUGGAUCUCCACACACGCUCGAUACAAGUCAGUUGGGGGAUUUUGGAACAAAGAGAAUCCAGAUCAUGCUUCUCCGCUCCCUACUUAUGGUGACUUCAGGUUACAAGGCAAAAACCAUUGCAGCUGCCCUUCCCCAACCGUUCCUGGAUCCUCUCCUGUCUCCCUCUCUGAUGGAGGACUUGGAGCUGCGUCAGCUAGUGCUCGAAAUAUUGCACAACCUUAUAGAUCGGCAUGACAACAGAGCGAAACUCCGGGGCAUCAGAAUAAUACCAGACGUUGCCGACCUUAAAAUCAAACGUGAGAAAAUGAGCCGUCAGGAUGUGAACUUCAUGAAAAAGCACGGCCAGCAGCUAUACCGGCACAUAUAUCUUGGCUGCAAGGAAGAUGACAAUGUACAUAAGAACUAUGAGCUCCUCUAUACAACCCUGGCACUGGUGACCAUUGAGCUAGCUAAUGAAGAAGUGGUGAUUGACCUGAUAUGCGUGGCAAUUGCAUUGCAGGACAUGGCGAUCACCAACGAAGACAACCUACAGAUGUUCAGCCGCUGCAGCAUCAUGGCCCUGGUCGCAGCAUAUCUCAACUUCCUCAGCCAGAUGAUUGCCGUUCCUGCAUUUUGCCAGCACGUCAGCAAGGUCAUAGAAACCAGGAACAUGGAUGCACCUUACUUCUUGCCAGAAGUCAUAUUUAGAGAUAAAUGCAGUCUCCCGAAAUCUCUGGAGAAGCAUGAUAAGAGCGUCUUCUUCCUGACAAAUAAAGUAGUUGAGUCCCUCGGAGGCAGCGGUUACAGCGUGGAGCGGUUAUCAGUCCCUUAUGUGCCGCAGGUGACAGAUGAAGAUAGACUCUCUAGAAGGAAGAGCAUUGUGGACACCAUAUCUAUCCAAGUGGACCUAAUGACUGGAAGCAACACAGAGGACAAGAUCAACGCUGAAGAGAUCACAUUUGAAUCCCUGAAAAAGGCUAUCGCAGACAACACCGGCAUGGAGGAGCAGGAGAAAGAGAAGAGACGUCAGGUCAUAGAAAAGUUCCAGAAGGCGCCGUUUGAAGAGAUUGCUGCACAGUGUGAAUCUAAAGCUAACUUGCUGCAUGAUAAACUGGCGCAGAUACUGGAGCUGACAAUCAGGCCUCCCCCCAGCCCAUCUGGGACAAUCACCAUCACAGCUGGACAUGCCCAUUAUCAGUCCGUCCCAGUGUAUGAGAUGAAAUUUCCCGACCUGUGUGUCUACUAAGCUCCAGAUCCUGCUCCAUCCAUCCAGACAUCUGUAUUGUAUGGUAUCUUAGGAUUUGUGUUGCUUCACAGUAUUCAGACGCAGCGCUUUAAGAACCGAUAAGGGAGAGGCUUCAUACUGUUACGUAGCCAAAGGACGCAGAUCGGAAUAUCUGAUUUACUACAAAUACCAAAAUUAUGCUGGUUAUCCAAGAGCAACUCCGUUUUAAUCUUAUGUCUGUUAAAAUUGUUAACGUGUUAUUGGGGUUGAAUAAACUGUAGAUGGGGGGGGGGGGGGUAGUGUGCACUGCCCACUGACCCUUCUAGUGCCAGUAUGGCAUCAGCAUUUUCCCCUUUUGUUGAAUGUACAGGCUAGAGCCUAGGCUUCUUGGCCAUGUGAUGCGAUGUCCCAUAGCAUGGCGUAGAGUAACCUUAUGGGUGCGGUGCAAUACAACAAUAAUGAUUGGUUUGGCCAAAUUUCACAAUGUUUGGCCAAAUCAUGGAUUGGAAGUUUUCACAUUGUGGUAGGCAAAGCAAUAGUUUUGCCACACAUGAGGCAAUGGAGAUGAAGUGCACACAAUUUCCACUAAAAACAGCAUGCGUUUGGGCCGUGCGUCACCCAAAUGUGACACAUUUGGUUCCAGGAAUGGCAUGAAACGCUGUAGCCUUGGAUUCCCUAUAAGCGGUGAAGGAUUCCUCCAGCUAUGAUCACAGCAUAGCCAUCGUGGCCAGUGAAAGCUAGAAGAAUGCUGUGUAAUGCGAGGCUAUGGCGCGUUUCACAAUUAAAGGGAUUCUGUCACCUAGUUUUACCCUAUAGAGAUGCGACAUGCACCGCUAGAUCGCCGCUAGCAUGUCUGCAAUAUACCUGUUCCA